ACGGCCCAUGACUUGUCGGCCCCACGCAUCGCGCUAGGGUUUUGAGGCGGGCAGGAGGAGGCGGCGGCGGCGGCGGCGGCGGCUUGUCCUCUUUUAAAGCUGGACUGCUCGAUUCUGCCUACCCUCCUCGGCUGCCAUCUGUGUUUGUUAGGGUUUCGUCCGUGCGGAGCUCCGAAAUCCCUCCGCCGCUCUCGCGUUCGAGGCUAGGUAGCCGCCGCCAUGAGCCGCUCGGGACAGCCUCCGGAUCUCAAGAAGUACAUGGACAAGAAGCUUCAGAUUAAGCUGAAUGCAAACCGUGUUGUUAUUGGCACACUUCGGGGAUUCGACCAGUUCAUGAAUCUGGUGGUGGACAACACUGUGGAGGUCAAUGGAAAUGACAAGACAGAUAUUGGAAUGGUGGUUAUCAGGGGAAACAGUGUUGUCAUGAUCGAGGCACUGGAGCCAGUUGCCAAGUCCCAGCAGUGAAUCAUUGUUCUUCCGCUGAUAUAGCACUAGCAGCGUGAAAACUGAUGUAAAUGAUAUCAGUGAACCCUGUUGUACUUUGACUAAUGCUUUUGCACAGCAACAUAACUUCGGAGCAAUGUCUAUCCCUUUUUCUAUGUGGUGCUUGUGGCUAUGUAAUCAUCUGCCCGUAUUGCUCGAUCUAACUCAAGCCCGUCUGCUCAUCUACAUGGUUUUUCUGAAGUACACCACAUAUCACCUUCACAACAGGCCUGGCUACCAGUGGUGGCACCUGGCUCAACGGUGACUACAUUUACAGCCUUCUCGGCGCUCAUACUGGCAAUGAGUAAUUUCUUCUAGUGUUUUACAUUGCCCGUUGCCUUGUGAGGCACAUGUAUUUUGUGAUCCAUCAUCCAUAGUGGUGCAUCUGGUCUGCCCUUGUUAAUUGAAUCAGAAUAAGGUUCUUCUA